GCUCAAUUCGUAAACAAACUGGUGUUGUGGAUAACGGUAAACUACCGUACGCGCAGCACGCAGGUGCCGUACUUCUCCAACCCCUCCCGCAUUCAUCGCGUCUCGACCGGAGUAGUACUCUUUUCAACAUUUUCAUUCAUUAACAUCUGUGACCUCUUGUCGUGUGUUUGUGUCAAGACCUGGCAAUCAAAAGUUGUCAAAUUUUAUAUUAAAUUGGUGAAAAUGUAAUUGGUGUGACUAAGUUUCGACGGCACGAUGGACUUUGCGGGUGUACUGUCCAGCGUUUUUGGUGGGGAGUGUCCGAUAACGGCGACGGACUUUGACGACAAUGUCGAUUCCUCUUCUUUGUUGUCGGGGUAUCUGACGGACAUCGAAUCCUGGCUGGCGGAAAAGCUGCAGAAUCAUACUUUUCCGGAUGAUGGCGGUGAUUUGGCGGACGGGACUGUUACAGGGCGGCUUGGUCCGAAGCGGACCGUAUUCGAUGCUACAGAGGAUGGUUCAAUUCUGGUGUCUAAGGACAAAUUAACAUUGCAGUCGCAAAAUGCUUUCUCUACGGUGAAGGCCAACUGCUGUGUGUACUCUGGAAGAUGGAUGUACGAGGUUCAACUUCGGUCUAAAGGUGUGAUGCAAAUUGGAUGGUGCUCUGCACACUGUAAGUUCACCCAAGACACAGGAGUUGGUGACACUCGAUACAGCUACGGUCUAGAUGGCAGCAAACAACGGAUAUGGCAUGUUUGCACGCAGAAAUAUGGACCAUUUUGGAGAUCCGGUGACGUGUUUGGUAUCUGUUUGGAUAUGGACGAAGGGCGAAUAGAAUACUACCGUAAUGGUGGUGCGCUAGGAGAAGCUUUCAAGGAUAUUGAAAGAGGACCAGGGUUGGCGUUGUAUCCCGCAGUGUCCCUAGCAUUCAAUGAUAGCCUCACUGCCAAUUUUGGUGGCUCCCCAUUGAAAUAUCCUGUCGAAGGUUAUCGGUGCUUGCAAGAGGCCCCAAGUGUCCUUUUGUACCAGGCAGAAUGCCUUCUCAAGUAUAUUGUAAAUCUCGCUGGAGGGAUUUCACGACACACUCGGAAUGAUCAGGAUUCGCCAGCUUCUAAUAGUGCUUGCUUAUCAGUUGAAUCCUUAUACAUGUUGAUUGCCUCGAUGUUGAUCGAACGAAUUGCCCCUUUACUGGGCAAUUCUUAUGUAGUUGAAGACAAGGUGUUCAAAUAUAUGAAAAGUAUGUGCGUACUAAGAAGCAACACCAAAAACGAAUCUCCCAUCCAGCCAGGUUCUCCAGAAAGUACAUUGGGUACAUUUCUCACACUAUUGUGGACUUAUUUAGAACUGGAGGAAAUCAAACUUUUCUUGAAAAAAUUGCUCAACUUUCUUGCCAACACUUACAAGGAAACACCAGUAGAUCUAGAAUAUGAAAAACAACGAAAAAUCAUCGUUAUUUUGACGUGCAUUUGCCAGCAUCCACAAACCAGAAAGUAUCUUCUAGAAUUUAAGUUCUUCAAGAAAAACUGCCUACCUCUGUUCCUGUACACGAAGCCACCCGAUGAAUCGACACUAGAGCAACUCCUUCCGGAUGAUGCCAUCUGGACGGAGGGUUUGGGAGGAUCGAAACAGGCCUACCUGACCGCAUGCGAAAAGCUCAAAGCGCACACCGGCGUGCUUUACACGCUGCAGAAAAAUCUGAUACACAUUUUGCUCAACAACCGUGACGGAGAGGACGGCAGCACGCCUGCGAGCCGGAAGAUUUUUAUGGCGAAGUUGCGGAAGUUUGUAAUGGAUAAUAAUGCCGAGAUGAGGGGUCUUUAUUCAUCUUCGACGCAACCUGCUAUUGGUCUCUCAUUUCUUUGCACGUUGCUUGAUGUCGCUCGUACCCUCUGGGAUGAAGAGGUGUCAUCGUCCAUCGUCUCAUCGUCCACAUCAUCUCUGCAUCCCUUCAUUGACUAUCGAUAUUUUUACGAUGGUACUUUCCGGUAUACAAACAUAGACCGCAUCGGAGGUGUUUUGUCCUAUCUCAAAAAACACUUUCGACAGCAGCUGAUUGAAAGACUUGGCGAAGACCACUCCAGUUUGGCGGCGGUCGAUCAGCAGUCCGAUUUAAGGAAUGAGAUAGCCGCCUUCAAUGCAUUUUUGGAUUCCGCAAUUUUCCUCGUAUCCGGAGGGCCCAACACUACAUAUUCACUUAUAUCAAGAGCUGCCUCCAACACCGCCUCUGAGGUGCAACACCAGACAGGGGAGCCGUCCCUUGGAUCGAGCCGCCCGGGCGGCACCAAUGGACCAAUAAACGCCGGCCAUAUGGAUGAAGCACAGUCGAUUUGCGAGCUGUUGGACUGUGCAGUGAUCUUCUACUAUUCGGUAGCGCACAAGUAUGUCGUCAUGAUUGCCGAUUUGCGAGACAACAUUUGCCAUUUGUCGGACAUCCUGCUGGAAACGAAAACCAACUGCGACGAUGUGGUGCACAAUCUUGAGGAACUGAAGCGCACGAGUGCGGUUGGAUUCAGCAAAGCUCACGAAGAGCUAAUGGAGGAGCUGGGCGCACGCUUUGGGCAGCGGAACAGUAUAUUCGCGAAAAGAUCCAUGGAACUAGCCCGAAAACAAGCAUGGUACCGUUCGGUGGCACUGGGAACGCAUCGCAGGUCGUUGCUCUGCUGGCUUAUGGGCAUCGUGUUCGAAACGUUACGACAAUUCAGCGAAGAAGACGUUCUAUUCUCUUUCCUUCCGGAAACCUACAUCAACGUUAUUCCCGUACUACUGGACACCAUUUUGGAUUUCAGCUACCAUGACACCGGCAUCCAACAUGAUCUAUCGGCCGACAGUCUGCUAAUCAAUUCGGCGGCUGACUUUUUAGCGUUGCAUCUCGCAGAUUCGCGAGUGAUUCUUGCUUCAUGUAAGGACGCGUUGAUCCAGGCAUUGGGAUCGCUCACUUGUCAUCAGGCGGGAAUUCGUGCUUUGGAGCAAGCCUCUCCCAAGAGCCAGCAAGCCUUUGUGCGAGCACUGCUGCGACCCUACGAGAAUCGAGCCUGGGGUCAAAGUAACUGGCUUCUACUAAGAUUCUGGUUGGGAGAUGGGUUUGGAUACAGAGAAUCUCGUCCACCAUGUGUGUGGCAAGCAGGCCAACAUGUAGAACGAUCACUAGGACUGUAUCGAAGUAGAGCGAAGAAUGGGUCCCACACCGGGUUGCUACAUCUGAUUGCACCUGCUUGUCCUUCAAGACACUUUCAAAAGAUGAUCAGCGAUAUUCUCAGCAAUGAUGAACCCUAUUGCACAACGUUCCUGAACUCAGUACUAUCCCAGCUGAAUUGGGCCUUCUCGGAGUUUAUUCACAUUCUGCAAGAUAUUCAAAAUGUGUCACAACGUGAUGAACAACAAGUGAUCGAAACGAAGCAACUGAAAAUUUGUUCGAUGUGCUUUGAGCUGACCGUUUCGUUAAUGCGUGCCCUCGAGAUGAUACUGACCAUAACGCCGGGGUUGCUGCAUGAUGCAUCGAGAGCUAAUAGCGAGAUUAUUUUGGGAAGGAUUUGUCAACUCGCAAUCCAAGUGUUAUCUCGAGUGACUAUUCCUCCCGGGUGUUUCCAACACGUGAUGGACCUUUGCCUGCCAGAUUUGAGCAAUGUGACCCAUUUUUCCAUUAUCAGCGCCGCGAUCGGUAUUCUCCUGGCGUUGAUGAAGAACGAACUGUUGGAUGAUGAUAAUAGCAAUGGUACCAGCGCUAGUAGCAUUGAAACAAGUAGCGGAAACAGUACUUCUGAUUUUAAUGCCACGAAGAUUCCUCGCAUAUCAAAGCACUUACUAACGGAUACCAGUUUCCACAUCACUAGUUUGGAGUUUGCCUUGGGGGAGAUUAAAACUCCGAUAGCGGCCUCUAGUCAACAAGCUCCCAGGGGCAAUUUCGAUCCGAAAAUGAGGGCUCACAUCGACCCGCUCACGAAUGAGGUUAGGGUGCCAUCGCCUUUUCGGGCAAUGAUCGGUGUAAAAGAGAUCGUUCCGGAUCCACCGAUAAUCAAGUUUAACAUGGCUGAUUAUCCGAGUCAUGUUACUAAAGAAGAAUUGAACAAGGUUCGUCGACUGAUAGAAAUCCUUCAAUUGCGCCAAACUCUCCUAUCGGAAAUUACUGUUUUGUCGGAGGAUUCACUAUGUCCCAUCUGCUAUGCCAAGCAAAACUCGGCCGUUUUUGAUCCCUGUCAGCAUCAGUCUUGCGAGAAUUGUAUAAUCCAACAUUUAAUGAACAACAAACAGUGUUUCUACUGCAAGCUGGCAAUUUCGAAGGUAGUGCGUAUAGAUGGAGCGGUAAUUUACGAGAGCAGCCUCCCAUUAAAAGUUUUAUCGACGACUAGCGGCUCAUCGCAGACGGAUGAUGUUUCGCAAGCAGUAGACGAAGGCGAUGGACCUAGUGGAAGCCCUCGGCUGUAAAAUAUUACAUAAUCCCAAUUAUUGCCAGUUUUAGCUAAGACACGCUUUUGCUCCAUCAUGACAAAAAUUUAAAUAAUCAAAGAUGUUUUGAAGAGUAUUCGCUUUCUGAAAAAUCUAGUCAUAAACCUCAAGUAGCUACUGCAGAAGGUCCAUCAUUAGUAUUCAAUUCCUAUCCCAUCUUAUUCAUAGUUAGUGAUAUUAUUGUAAAUUUUAUUCGAAAGACAUUUUUACACAUUAU